AUGUACCCAGAAAGCGGCACCCCGCUGUCGCUCCUGUCAGGCGGUGUUGCUCCAGCCAUUGCGAGCGGCAGCAGCAGCAGCGGCAGCAGCAGCAGCAGCAGCAGCAGCAGCAGCAGCAGCAGCAGCAGCAGCAGCAGCAGCAGCAGCAGCGUCGAGGAUGACCCCACUGCCAAAACCGGCAGCAGCGGCGGCGGCAAGGAUCGCGGCAGCGGCGGCCGGUCGACGAAGCAAAGCAAUGGCGGCGCAGCCGCAGCGGCGGCGGUGGUCGACCCGCUGGCAUCUGCGCUGGGUGGUGCGGCGGCGGCGGCGCGGACGCUGACGCCGCGUGAGAUUGUGGAGCGUCUGGACUCCUACAUUGUGGGGCAGAAGGAGGCCAAGCGCGCCGUGGCUGUCGCGCUGCGCAACCGGUGGCGGCGCCACCAGCUGGAGGCGGACGCGGCGCGGGAGGUGGUGCCGCGCAACAUACUGAUGAUCGGGCCCACGGGCUGCGGCAAGACGGAGAUCGCGCGGCGACUGGCCAAGCUUGUUGACGCGCCCUUUGUCAAGGUGGAGGCCACAAAGUUCACUGAGCUCGGCUACGUGGGGCGUGAUGUAGAUGAGAUCGUGAAGGACCUUGUGGAGGCAUCCAUGGGGCUCACGCGAUCACGGGCCGCCGCUUAA